AUAAAAGAAAAAAGAAUCAUUACAAAACUCGUGAUGUGUAACCGCCACCAAACAUGUUGAAUCACACAGUGACGUGUGUGCGUGCCUAUAUACACACACACAAAUGAAGAGGAAGAGAAGCUAAGAGUAAGAUUUUGUCAACAAAUAAAAAAUCCGAAGAGUAAGAAAGUUCACAUGGCGGCAAGUAUCAUUUCAGAUGGCACAGAAGCACCUUUAUUAGCAGAUGAUCAUGCACAAAUAGAGAAAUGGUGGAACAAAAUCUUGGACAUAGAGGAAGCCAAAAUUCAACUCAUGUUUUCAUUACCAAUGAUUUUUACAAACUUAUUUUAUUACUUGAUCACUUUGGUUUCUGUCAUGCUUGUUGGUCAUCUUGGUGAGCUUCAGUUAGCUGGUGCUACUCUUGCUAAUUCUUGGUUUAGUGUCACUGGCGUAGCAGUUAUGGUUGGUUUAAGUGGUGCAUUAGAAACACUCUGCGGACAAGGAUUUGGCGCAAAAGAAUAUCACAUGUUGGGAAUUUAUCUACAAGGCUCUUGCAUUAUAUCUUUCAUUUUUUCAAUAUUUAUAUCCAUUAUUUGGUUCUAUACAGAACACAUUCUAGUGUUACUUCAUCAAUCUCAAGACAUUGCUAGAACAGCUGCACUCUAUAUGAAGUUUCUUAUACCAGGAUUAUUUGCAUAUAGCAUCUUGCAAAACUUGUUGAGGUUUCUACAAACACAAUCUGUAGUAAUGCCACUGGUUAUCCUUUCAGCUAUCCCAACACUGAUUCAUGUUGGAAUUGCAUAUGGAUUUGUUCAAUGGACAGGUCUGAAUUUCAUAGGUGGACCGGUUGCCACUUCUAUUUCACUCUGGAUAUCGAUGAUAAUGUUAGGAUUUUAUGUAAUGUAUGCAAAGAAGUUUAAGAAUACAUGGAGAGGAUUCUCCAUGCAAUCAUUUGAUUACCUGUUUGCAAACAUGAAACUAGCUUUGCCUUCUGCUGCAAUGGUAUGUUUGGAGUAUUGGGCUUUUGAAGUUUUAGUUUUCUUAGCUGGAUUAAUGCCUGACUCACAAAUAACAACUUCAUUGAUUGCAAUAUGUGCGAACACAGAAUUCAUUGCUUACAUGAUCACUUAUGGUCUUAGUGCAGCUGCAAGCACAAGAGUUUCCAAUGAAUUGGGAGCAGGCCAACAAGAAAGAGCAAAACAUGCAAUGGGAGUCACUUUAAAGCUCUCUCUCCUCCUUGGUUUAUGUUUUGUUUUGAUGCUUGUAUUUGGUCAUGAUAUAUGGAUUCAGCUUUUUAGUGAUAGUCCCAUUAUCAAAAAGGAGUUUGCUUCAGUGACACCCUUGCUUGCUAUUUCCAUACUACUUGAUUCUGUCCAAGGUGUCUUAUCAGGGGUGGCUAGAGGAUGUGGUUGGCAGCACUUAGCUGUUUAUGUCAACCUUGCAACUUUUUAUCUCAUUGGUUUACCAAUUUCAUGUCUCCUUGGAUUUAAGACCAAUUUGCAGUAUAAGGGUUUAUGGAUUGGUCUGAUAUGUGGAUUGGUAUGUCAAACUGGGGCACUCUUGCUUUUGACAAGGCAUGUCAAAUGGACUAAACUGAAUCUCUCGGGCGACAAAGAUAAAGGCCAACCAAUUGUUGUUUAACAACUUAAUGCCUGCCAAUUAGGACUAUAUAAGUUUGUGUUUGGAACCACCGUGGCAGCUCAUUUAGAUGCACGGUGUGAGCGAAACAAUAUAACUUGGAGUUUCAGGCUCAGCGAGUGGCAAAGACUCUUCGAAUGUGGAGUUUCUAUCUAAAAAUGUUUCUUGCUCUUUUACAUUUAAUGAAAAUGAAAACACUAAUUUUUUUAAGACGUCUUGGUGAGUUGCAUACAUAAAUAUUCAUUAUGUAACAAAGUUUUCUACAAGAUGAUUUCUAUUCUGGAGUUUGACAGAAGUUCUUAUUGUAGCAAGCAUACUCUUUAAGGAUUCUCCCCUGUCAUACUAA